AUGCCCAUGAAGAUGCUACUGCGACGGUACCAUGUUAUUAUGCUUCUGUUACUCGGCGUGGUAGUAGCCCUGCCAAAUACCCAUCGCACUAUUGAGGAACUUCCCAGAAUUCCCGAAGGGUGGGUUCAGGGAAAACCUCCAUCCCCUGACACCACCGUGCGCAUGAACCUGGCCCUUGUGCAGCGGAACGCUCACGUAUUUGAGCAAAUGGUUCUCGACAUUUCAACUCCAGGACAUCGAAGCUAUGGCAAACAUCUGUCCAGAAGGGAUCUGAAACGGCUUCUCCGGCCACGCUUGGAGACCUCUGACUUAGUAUUAUCCUGGCUUAAAGACUCAGGCAUACCCAAGCGGUCAAUUGUGAAUGAUGGAGACUGGAUACAUUUUGUCGUUUCGAUUUCGCAAGCUGAAAAAAUGCUCAAGGCCCGGUUUUAUCACUUUCAUGAUUUACAAGACCCCAGAGUCUCCAUAAUCAGGACUUUAAACUAUUCCGUUCCAGCUCACUUGGUCCCCCAUGUUUACAUGGUCCAGCCAACGACGAAGUUUGGGAAACCAACGAACUAUGGCAAGUCGAUCGCAAGAUUAGAAACUAUCCACCCAUCUAGCAACUCAACCAAGAACUGCAAUGUCACAAUAACUCCAAAAUGCUUACGAGAGCUUUACAAAAUGGGAGAUCACAUAGCCGAACGUGACUGCCGAAAUGUCAUUGGAAUCUCGGGAUAUCUGGGCCAAUACGCCCGAUAUAGCGACUUCUACAAGUUCAUUGAGCUCUAUGCACCGGAAAUUAAGGAUGCUAAUUUCUCUGUGGAACACAUCGGAAAGGGCCAGAAUCUGCAAAACUCGACAAGAAACAGCAUUGAAGCGAGUCUGGACAUCGACUAUGCUCUUGGGCUCUCUAACGCUUCAGCAGUGUUUUAUACAACAGGUGGCAGAGGCCCUCUGGUUCCGGACCUCGAUCAACCUGACCAAGAGCAUAAUUCUAACGAACCAUACCUGGAUCAAUUACUUUACCUUCUAGGCCUACCACAGGAGAAACUCCCUGCAGUGCUUUCGACCUCUUAUGGAGAAAAUGAACAGAGCGUGCCUGAGAGAGAGUUCCCCGUCUUAAUCCAACGCUGCCCGUUUGUCACAUCUGUUGGUGCAACUUUUAGAACGAAUCCCGAGCAAGCUAUCGAUUUCUCAUCCGGCGGAUUUUCUGAUCGCCAUUCCCGUCCAAGAUAUCAAAUACAUGCCGUUCAGAGUUAUUUGGAUAAACUCGGUGUCCAGUGGGAAGGGUUAUAUAAUCCGAGAGGGCGUGGUAUUCCUGACGUCUCGGCCCAAGGAGCUAAUUUUGCAGUGUAUGAUCACGGUAAAGUAAUGAUGGUAUCGGGCACAAGAUAUCAAUAUUUGCUAACUCUAUCAGUGCAUCGGCUCCUGCAUUUGCCGCCAUUAUUGCCAACCUUAAUGCCAUCCGCUUGCGCGCCAACAAGCCCCGUUCUCGGCUAUUUGAACCCUUUUAUAUACGGAAAGGGCAGAAAGGGCUUCACAGACAUUGUUUAUGGAGGAUCGAAAGGAUGUAUUGGUGAUAAUUCAGCUGGGGGAACCGCACCCAUAGUGCCAUACGCAAGCUGGAAUGCUACCGAAGGUUGGGACCCGGUAACUGGACUUGGAACCCCAAAUUUUCAAAUUUUAGCUAAGAUAGUCCAGCAUAUGGAAUAG